AUCAGAUAGCUCAACAUGAACUUUAACCAUCAAGAUCAUUUUAAAAGUGAACAGAACAAUAUCUUUCCUUCUGAGAGCUGGCUACAGGAUUCUGAGUUUCUCCUGCAGCGCUGUUCUAUUCACCACCUUUUCCUAAAACAGGACAUGGAGCUAUGUUCCUUUCUUCACUUUAGAUGCUAAUGAAGUUAUUUGCUUCAUCAGAGGAAAUGCAGAUCCAUGAAAUUACAUUUUGUGCAAGUUGUCGUUAACUCUGUUGGCAAUGUCUAUGAUUUUAUCUGCCUCUGUGGUCCGUGUGAGGGAUGGACUCCCACUGUCUGCAUCUACUGAUUAUGAUCAGAGCACGGGAAUGCAAGAAUGCAGAAAAUACUUUAAAAUGCUUUCAAAGAAACUUUCUCAGCUUCCCGAUAGAUGUACUCUGAAAACUGGGCAUUACAAUAUAAACUUUAUCAGUUCUCUGGGAGUGAGCUAUAUGAUGUUGUGCACUGAAAAUUAUCCCAGUGUUUUGGCUUUCUGCUUCCUGGAUGAGCUUCAGAAAGAGUUCAUCACUACCUACAAUAUGAUGAAGACAAAUACAGCUGUCAGACCGUACUGUUUUAUAGAGUUUGACAAUUUCAUUCAGAGGACCAAACAGAGAUAUAACAACACACGUUCUUUGUCAACGAAGAUGAAUCUUGCUGACAUGCAGACAGAAAUCAAACUGAGACCACCUUAUCAAAUUUCCAUGUCAGAACUUGGUUCAGCUAAUGGGUUCACACAUUCUUCUGUGGUGGAAUAUAAGGGUACUGGUAAGAUAUCUGCAGCUCCUCAUCAGCGUCUGGAACCUGUGACUCUGCCAGGGAUUGUCUCAUUUGUACUUAGUCUGUUAUGUGGGGCUUUGAAUUUAAUUCGCGGCUUUCAUGCCAUAGAAAGUCUUCUCCAGAACGAAGGUGAAGAUUUCAGCUAUGUUAUUGCAUUUUUUCUUGGAACAGCAGCCUGUUUGUAUCAGUGUUACCUGUUUGUAUACUACACGGGGUGGAGGAAUGCCAAGUCCUUCCUGACUUUUGGGUUAAUUUGCCUGUGUAACAUGUAUCUGUAUGAACUGCGCAAUCUAUGGCAGCUCUUCUUUCAUGUGACUGUGGGAGCAUUUUCUACCUUACAAAUUCGACUGCGACAACCACAGGGAAAGUCCCCUGAUUACAAUGUCUGACAAGUCCUGGAACAUUUCAAGGCAGUCUUGUUCCAACAGUUAUUCCCUCUCAGGAAUGUAAAGCUGUUCUCCUAAAGAAGCAGCUGUCUGGAUGGGCUUUUUGUUCCUCUUUUUUUUUUUUUUUUUUUAAAAUAAAGCCAUGUAAGAUGC